UUUCGGCACGCAGAACAUGCUGAGUAUGUCAGGAAACUCUGAGAAUCAUCACAACCAGUUGAAGAAGCUUUACACCGGCUGUGAGAUAUUGAUGGGAAACCUAGAGAUCAGCAUGAUGGAGCACACCAGAGACUUCUCCUUCCUGCAGUCUAUCAGGGAGGUGACAGGCUACGUCCUGUUGGCCCUUAACAAUUUCAACCGCCUGCCUCUGGACCAGCUGCGCGUUAUCAGAGGCAACAUGCUGUACAACAGCACGUAUGCUCUGGCUGUGAUGAUCAACUACCAGAAGGAUGGGCAGUACGGCCUUCAAGAACUGGGCCUGACACACCUCACAGAGAUACUGAAGGGAGGAGUCAUGAUCAUCCAGAAUAAGUACCUGAGCUAUGCCCCGCAGGUGAACUGGCUGGAAAUUGUGAAGGAUGCAACAACUCAGGUUUUCAUCGAGGGCAACGGGCCUGAAAAGCCUUGUGAUGAAGCGUGUGGAGACGUGCCAUGUUGGGGUCCAGGAAGUGACAGUUGUCAGAUCUCUGAUUUAUGUACAUGA